GUUAUGGCGGUAUUGAUAUAUCUGAACUCCCUGACUGAAGAUGAUUUUCCUAAAAGAAGAACUUCAUACAUAUGAACAGGUUAACCUGGGUACAUAACCAAUAAGAUCAUGUACUUUAUUUAUGCAUAUUUCACUCCAGAAUAACUUCACUGCUGAAAACAAUGGCGUCCUUUCAUCUGUGGAAGUUAUCUUCACAAAAGCUAGGGUUUUUUUUGGUAACGUUUGGAUUCAUAUGGGGAAUGAUGUUACUGCACUUUACCAUCCAACAACGGACACAACAUGAAAGCAGUACUAUGCUUCGGGAGCAGAUUCUGGACCUCAGUAAACGAUACAUCAAGGCAUUAGCAGAAGAAAACCAAAACGUCGCUGAUGGGCCAUACGUUGGCACGAUGACUGCAUAUGAUUUGAAGAAGACGUUGGCUGUUCUCCUUGAUAAUAUUUUACAACGUCUUGGAAAGUUGGAGUCCAAAGUAGACAACCUGAUGAUUUUAAAUGGGACAGGGAUAAAUUCUACUAAUGCUACUACUACUGUGAGCCCCAGCUCUGUCACUGUUGAGAAAGUUAAUGUGGCAGUUUGA